AUUUUUCCAGAAACCUUUCUUCAUCUUCCGAAUCUUCACAUUAAUGUGCAUCUAAUUGCAAAUGCCAAAAACUAUAGGACUUUGUUCAAUAUGGCAUGUGGUGUUAAGGAGUCUAUGUAUGGUUUAUUUAAAGCGUUUGUUCCACAUACCAACAAAAAGAAUAUCGACCUUGAUCUUUUAAGACAUUACAAUACGCUUCAGACAUUACAUUUUUGGCUUGACGGUGGAAAAGAUGAAUGUGUUUCAGAUUUAAAUUUUUAUGCGAAUUACUCUUUGCCAAGACCAUUGCUUUCUGGAUGGUAUAUUACAAAAUCGCUUGAUCUAAUUGACGAUUUAGAAGUUGAUGAAAUAAAUG